AUGAAUGGUUUCACCUCUAGCUCUACAAAUGGUGGGAAUCACAAUGUGAAAUCCAAGCGAAAAGACGCGCUAGAAGGCACUCAACCCGCUGAUAGAAAACAACAAUCGCCUUUCAAAAGUAUCAAGAAUACCCUUUUGUUACGAAGCAACAAACAAAAGAAGUCUGACUAUAAGACCAAAGGUGAGACAUUCAAACCUGAGGCCCCCAAGUUGCGGAAAGGGCGGGUCCCAAAUGGCUCAGUCAGUACCAAUAGGCUAGAUUCGAAAGGUCAACAGCGCUUGUCAGCUCAAAGAGUGACUCUAUUCAAGUAUGACCACGUCAGAGUCUUGAAUUCUGUUGUCAAAAAUCAUCGAAGCAGCUCAGAGUCAUCAACGUCAUCUACUGUGACGUCGCAAAAGAGCGUGCUACGGCAUAUCGACUCCAAUGAUUUCUCCCCCGGUACCUCUGAUACACGACGAGAAACUUGCUUAAUGUCGGAUGGCCCUUUGGAAAUUUACCAGAUUAUAAGCUAUACCUCAAAAGCAGCGGCACAAAAGAUGACCUAUCUAUGUUUUGGACGCAAGGACAACAUCGUACAUCCAAUAUUACCAAAAUUACAAAUUACAAAACUAGACUCAUCACAGUUCGAAAUGUCAAUCUUGCUGUUAAAUCCAGAGCGAUACUGGAUCCUGACUUUCUUACCGGAGCCAGGGCGGGCUCGGCUUCGAGAAGAGACAAAGACAGAAUUUGAAUCGGUGGUACGAUCCAUAUGCUGUUACAAAAUCCCUCCUAGUCAAAUCCCACUUUUAGAGCCCUCCAAUCAUUCUGAUGGCCAAACUUCGCAAAAAAUGGAUGUGUCAGGACACGACGAUGACGAGGACGACAACGACGAUGAGGAUGAGAGCGAUUUAGAAUAUCUACUAGAUGAUCUAGACAGUUUGUCCGAUGAGACUAGUUUUGCCAGUGACGGUCUAAACCAAUGCGAUGAGAACAAUGUGAACGACGUUUUCAAGAAAGCAAUCAGAAAUAUCAUCUCUUUGGAUGUCUCCGAAAAUGCCGCCACUAUGAACAACAAGCGAUUGUCUUCAUACCAUGGCCCAGCGUUGCCCAGCACACUGCGGUCUAGAUACUCAAUGGUAAGGUCUGUAUCUGUCCCUUUGCGCCCUCAACGCAGUCAUCAAGAGAGCUUUGCUAUGGGUCUUGGGACCUGGAUGGAUAUUAAUGCUGAGGAUUGA